AUGGCCUAUGCAAGCAAAUUUUUGCUUCUCAUAGCGUUGGUUGCAGCUGUUUACAACACAGAUGCCGUGAAGCAGAAGGUGACUCGCUUCCAAUUCUACAUGCAUGAUAUCGUUGGAGGCCCAGAGCCAACCGCUGUCAGGGUCGCUGGCCGCUCCAACUUCACCGGUCAAGACCCGAUCGCAGCCACGUUUGGGUCCAUUUUCAUGAUGGACAACCCUCUGACGGUCACCCCAAACAUAAACUCAACACUAGUUGGGCGCGCUCAGGGGAUGUAUGCUAUGUCAUCACAACAAAAGGAGUUCAGCCUUCUUAUGACCCUUACUUACGCCUUUACUAGCGGACCUUAUAACGGUAGCACCUUCAGCGUCCUCGGCCGCAAUCCAGUAAUGAAUGAAGUAAGAGAAAUGCCGGUGGUUGGAGGCACCGGAAAGUUUAGGCUGGCUCGUGGAUAUUGCCUUGCCAGGUCCUACUCAAUGAAAGAAAUGGAUGCAGUGAUCGGAUAUAAUGUGACAUUGCUACACUAG